AUGAGGGGCAAGGAAUUGGAUGCCUUUGUAUGUCUCUUGCUGAUUGGAGCAGCCAGUGUGACAGCUAAGCCCAAGCCUGGAGGCGGUGGUUGGUCAUCCGGCGGCGGUGGCGGUGGUGGUGGUUGGUCUGGUGGUGGCGGCGGCGGUGAUGUUCAGAUUAUCAAAGUAAUCACAGAGAGCGGCGGCGGCGGUGGAGGUGGUGGUUGGUCGUCCGGCGGCGGUGGAGGUGGUGGAGGCUGGUCUUCUGGCGGGGGAGGCGGUGGAGGCUGGUCCUCCGGCGGUGGAGGAGGAGGAGGCGGUGGUGAUGUCAAACUUGUCAAAAUUAUAAGCCUUGGCGGCGGCGGCGGCGGAGGAGGUCAUGGAGGCGGCGGUGGUGGCCAUGGAGGCGGCGGCGGUUGGAGUUCGGGCGGUGGAGGCGGCGGCGGUUGGAGUUCUGGUGGUGGUGGCGGCGGACAUGGUGGAGGAGGCGGCGGCGGUGGCACAAAGAUCAUUAAAAUUAUCAAACUGGGCGGCGGAGGAGGUGGUGGCCAUGGCGGUGGCGGCGGCGGCGGUGGUCAUGGCGGCGGUGGCUGGCAACCAUCUGGAGGCUGGGCCUAA